GAGACCGUACUGACGGCUCUGUGUCGAGAUUUGGCGCCUGAUGAGAUUCCUGAUCGAGGUCCUAAGGACCCGUCCAUGUCUUUAGCGGCUCGGUCUCCGGACAUUUCCCGCAAGUAAAACUGGACAAACCACGGCGACGGUAGCGGUCGUCUAUUUUAAGCGUAGUCAUGACGACAAGGAGGACGCCGUGUACAGGCGCGCGCAGAGCCUUCGCUCGAGCAUAGCUCAAAGAAUGCGUCGAUGAAAUUUGCCCUGAGUCAAACCCCGAACUCGAGAUCGCGGAAUCACGAAAUUGUGAUUAAGAGUAUUGCUACGAGAUUUAGGGUCUUUUAAACGAGCGAACAGUAGAAGCUUCUGCACGGGGCACGGCGGCGGAGUCGGAUUGCUCUAGCACUAUUCCAGGCAGCUACAGAGAAAGAAGAAAGAAAGAAGCCAUGCUGCGGAUGAGUUUCCUCUUGAACAUCCUCAACAUCUGCUCAGGGUUUAUUUACAUAAUUUUUCAUGUGGUUAGAAACCAUCGGGGUGUGAUUUGGCCCCGCCGGAUGUAGGCGCAUCGAGAAGAAGGCUGUGGCGGGCUGCGGAUGGGUAGCAUUUUGUGAGAAGCGGAUUGGAUUUCUUUCUGCUCUACGCGUUCAUUCAUACUUCCUCUGGACGCUGUUUCUGUGGCUGUGACUGACCAUCUCUCUUGGUCUCUGAGACGAAGAGGCGAGGGUAAGGGAGAGCACCUGCAUGCUGAAGAAGGUAGACGGCUGACUGUGAAGGAAGUUGGCAACGAAAUUUUGUUUGGUGACUGAUUUGGAAUGAAACUCUGCUUCAGGCUCGCAUCGUUCUGUACAGUGGAGUUUGAAUUAAUGAGCCUUGGUGUGAAGACAUGAAAUUAUCAAGGUUUUAGAAAGAUUGGUUGAACUCAUUAGCUCAUCCUUGUCACUACACCUCUUGUAAAGUUAUUCCCUGGAUAGAGAUCGGAUUCUCACUGGUGGGAUUUUGGCGUAGUCGUCGCGGGUUGUAAAACGAAGAAAGCACGAGCUUGCAAAUGAUGUGCAGGUACACUUUGCACAUGCCGUUCGUAUGCAAUAGUUUUUUUUCCUAAGGAGGGAUGACUCUGCUUGAUACACCGGAUGCAUACUGUAUCGCGGAUAUCAUUUUUAAGGAGAUUUCAGAGCAGCUGUAUCGUUGAGCGUUCAAAUCGAAACAGGUUAGAAGUGUGAUUCUUUACGUACACGCCGUAUAAAGUAGAGGCAUCAGUUGGCCAUGGAUGGGCAAGUUCCGCUCUCCGGCUCUGCCGCCCAGGUAUCGUCAGCACCAGCUCCCACGGUGUCAUCUGCAAUGCAGCAUUCGUCGGGGCAGGGCUCUUCAUCGACUGGAGCUUCUGGAGCAGCUUCUUCGCUGGUUUCUGGCCUGGGAGCCAUGACAUCUUCGUUAGGCUUGAGUUCUUCACAGGCUACAGCUGCGGCUACCCCAACAACCAGCGCCCCGCAGCAGAAUUCUCAAAGUCAGCAGCAGCUGUCCGGUUCCACGGCUACCAGUCAGCCAUCUAUGGUUAGCUCUCAUGUGAGCAUGCCGACGUAUCAACAAAGCUUGCAGCAGGCAAAUGCACCUUCACACUUGCAGGCUAUUGCCGGAGGUCAAACUCUUGGGCAAAACGCGGGUCAGCAGCAAGGUCUGCACUCGAGCCAGCAGGCUGUGGGUCAAAAUCAACACCUUGCACAACAGGUCAUAAACCCAAAUCAGCAGCAGCAGAGACAAGCACAGUACGCACAAAACAUGUCUGUCGGAUCCCAGGGGCAACAAGGGUCCUCGAUGCAACAGGGUCUUUCUGCAUCUCAAGGCCUUCAGACAAUGCAACGAACUGCAUCGAGUCAGCGCCUUCUGCUACAACAAGCGGGAACGGCUGUUUCAGGGAUGAGGGUUUCAUCUCUACUGCCUACUGGCACUCAAUUUAAUCAGCAAGCACCAUCUCUUUCUGGAUCCCUCGCGGUGUCUUCACCAGGAGUUGCUUCAUUGUCUGCCAGCACCUCUCUCCAGCAGCAGCAGCAGCAGCAACAACAACAACAACAACAACAACACCAGCAGCUUCUUGCACAGAGGAACAAUCAAAAUCAGCAACAGCAAACCAAUUCAGCCACGCAACAAAGACCUCAGCAAUCACCACAACAAACGGGCCAGCUUACUCAGCAGAAUCAACAUCUCCUUCAAGGCCAGCAAGUUGGUACUCAAAACCAGACGCUUCAGCAACAAAUUCAUUCCUCGUCUCGGCCAUCGUUGUAUUCUCAGACCCAGCAAUCUGUUGGUUCUCAGUAUGGACAUCAUUUGCAGCAGCAGCAGGCAGGAACUGGCCGGAUUGGAACCACUGGCGGUACACCCCAAAGUCAAACUCCAGGGAUACCCAACAUGCUAACCCUUCCCGCAUCUCAAAAUUAUGUAGGGCUACAAUCACAGCUCACAUCACCUCAGCAGCAAGCAUUGCAGGCAAGACAAAAACAAGCCCAGGGCCAAGCGUCACACUUCCAAAGUGGAGCAAACACAACCCAGAGGGUUGUCCAAACAUCUCCCGCGAUGAAUAUGAUGGGUCCAGGUAGCAUCACUGCCUCUGGUAACAUCGCGUCCCAACUCGCGAGGGCAUCUACUCCCCUUUCGGCUCAGCAACAACGGAUGCAACAAUCUGGUUCAAGACUGCAACAAACCGUUCAACAGCAGCAGUCGCACCUGACAGCGUUAUCGAAGCAGCAACCUUCACAACAAACUACAAGGGUUCCAUCUGCUGGGUCACUGGGUUCGCAGAUGCAGGGUCUAACGUCAGCGCAGCAGAAUAGUUCUCUGGUGCCGCCGACACAGUCUUGGCUUCCAGCAGGCCAAAUGAAGCCUGUCCUGAAUCAAUCACCUUCAGUUCCCUAUCAGACCAAUGCUGUAACUGGGCAAGUCAAUAAUCACCAAAAUGUUAACUCAAUGCAACAACUGCGGGCUCAGCCUCAACAGCCGGCAUUACAACAACAGCAACAACAGCAGCAACAACAACUUCAGCAACAGCAACAACAACAGCAGCAACAUCAACAACCGCAGGUUCAGCAGCAAACGAUUUCAUCGUCUACAACGGCUGUAGCAACAGUACAGCAACCAACACCUGUUACGCAACCGCCACCGCAACAACAAACUCCACAGCAAGCUGCUCCACAACCGGCCCAACCACAACCACCUCAGCAACAACAGCAACAGCCUGCUGGUAGGCAGGCUGCGACCCAGCGACCUGCAACACCAAAUGGACCGCAGACAACUGCAGCAGGGCCAACAGUUCCUUCGAGUACAGCUGGGACUAGCAGCAAACCUGCAGAUCCGAAUGCUCAAAUUCUUGGAAAGAGGAGCAUACAGGAUCUUGUUUCACAGAUUGAUCCAAGUGAAAAGCUGGACCCAGAUGUGGAGGAUGUGCUUUUGGAUAUCGCUGAUGACUUUGUGCAAUCGGUGACUUCAUUUGCCUGUUCUUUGGCGAAACAUCGUAAAGGCAACGUGUUGGAAGUGAAGGAUGUGUUGCUUCACCUAGAGCGUAACUGGCACCUGACGAUACCUGGAUUCAGCGGAGAGGAAUAUCGCGCUUACAAGAGGCCGACUGUCAGUGAAACUCACAAACAACGCCUAGCUGUGGUCAAAAAGUCUGUCGCAGCAGUCCAACAAAUACAAGAGUUGGGUAAUGCAAAAAAUGCCUCUGCGGCUCCGGGUGCAGAAAAGACAAAUCCUGGAUCGCAACCAUCGAAGACGACUACCACUGCUCCUCUAACUUCUCCAAGGGGUCCACGAGCUUGAAAUGGUUCAGUGAAACAAAUAGAUGCACCCCAAUCAAUGUAAAUAUACUGUAUUUCAAACGGAAGCUGAUAAAUGGUGCAAGUCUUUGGUCUUCACCUCUUAUGCAGAGUUCAUUUUUGUUGCGGGAAACUUGUAUCAUAGGAUGGAACAAUCAAUACGAGUGUUCUGAAGAUUCGUAGGUUUCAUCUCUUUGUAUGGAAAAGUAGCAGUUGUAGGUGGGACCCAAUGCCUCGGUCUUGUCCGUAUAUACGGACAAGACCGACGCUUUGGAUCAUUCAGCCUUUUAUCUCAUGGAGGUUAGGCGAUGUCUGAAUGACGUGCAUAUGUUGGAUUCGAUACAAGUCUCUUAUCGUAGGAACGUACCACGCUGCUCUUACGGGGUGUUUACUCCCCAUUCAUCAACGAGUACAGAAAACGUUCUCAUCGCUGUAUGCUCUCCACGUUUAAAGAGAAUGGAUUGUUAUGUUUGGAUGUGGGCCGAC